AUGGCCGCGGCAAUCCGCCGAGUACCUUCAAACAAGGCCCCUGGGGCUGAUGGCAUUCCCAAUAUGGGGUGGAGAUUGCUGGCAGGCGAAUCAGCCACAACCCUCGCGGUUUCAGGCCUCGAUCACAGUGACGCUAAGAAAGGCUUGGCUGCGAGACUACUGCUUGCUGAAGGCCAAAUCAUCGAGGAAACAGCUAUUCGCAUCCUUACUGGCCCACAUUGGGCCUGCCCUCAGUCGGCGAAGGAGGGGUUGGCAAGAAAGCCGACCGAGCGGCGUCCUGGAGGAUGGACACCGUUGGAAGCGCUGGUAUGGAAGAAGGGUCCGAUCAAAUUGGACAAGAAAUGUGGGGGAAACUGGGAGACAAGAAUUCCACGCGCUGGCUUCAUGGGAGCUCAGUGCUUUGUGGGAUUCGCGGAGGUAGUAUUGGCGACUCACAAUGCGAUGUAUGAGAGGAUCCAGGAGGAUGCCAGCGGCAAGGCCAGUAGCAAUGGCAAUGCCAAAGGUCUCACCUCUAUGGUGUACGCGUACACUGACGGCAGCGGAUUUCAGGACUCAUUGUCCACGUUUUAUGAUGCCGAGCUCACCGGCAUUGCAAUUGCACUGGCGAGCGCCAGGGAAGACAACAAGGAAAAUCCAUCAAUGAUCGGCGCGAAGCGGACCACGGCUCGAGAAGUGACCAUUUUCUCAGACAGCCAUCCGCUAUUGAAGUAG